UCCCACUAGGGGGAGCCCGGGGCUCCGGCAGCCCCACCGCGCUGGUGCUCCGGGAAGCUGGCGGGCGAUGGAGACCGGGAGACACCCGGCGAGAGGAGGCGGGGCGGGGGCGGCGAGGCGAUCGCGGGGGCGGCGGCUGGCAGGUGGCGCCCGAGGCCCGAGCCGCGCGCGCGCCCAGAGCGCCCGAGGGUGCAGGCGGCUCUGAAGCCCCGGCCGCACCGCGAGCCUCGCGGGCCGGGCGGCGGCGGUGCGGACGAGGUGGGAGGCGGGGGGGGGGCGCUGCCGCCGCCGGGGGGCGUCGCCGGCCUCGGGCCUUUGUUCUCGCGCUCCCCCUCGCCGCCCACUCCCCUGCUGUCGCGCGGCGGCGGCGGCGGCGGCGGCUCCUCCCGCCCGGGGCUGUCGGGCUCGGCGCCGGGGGCGGGAGGGGGCGGGGGGAACGCGCCAGCCGCCGCGCGCGGGGGGCGAUGGCGAAGCUUCGGGUGAGUUACGAGUACACGGAAGCCGAGGACAAGAGCAUCCGGCUCGGCUUGUUUCUCAUCAUCUCCGGCGUAGUGUCGCUCUUCAUCUUCGGCUUCUGCUGGCUCAGUCCCGCCAUGCAGGAUCUGCAAGCCACGGAGGCCAACUGCACGGUGCUGUCGGUGCAGCAGAUCGGGGAGGUGUUCGAGUGCACCUUCACCUGUGGCGCCGACUGCAGGGGCACCUCGCAGUACCCCUGCGUCCAGGUCUACGUGAACAACUCCGAGUCCAACUCUAGGGCGCUGCUGCACAGCGACGAGCACCAGCUGCUCACCAACCCCAAGUGUUCCUACAUCCCUCCCUGCAAGAGAGAAAAUUCGAAGAACUUGGAAAAUGUCAUGACUUGGCAACAGUACUGGAAAGAUGAGAUUGGUUCCCAGCCGUUUAUUUGCUAUUUUAAUCAACAUCAAAGACCAGACGAUGUGCUCCUGCAACGCACGCAUGAUGAGAUCGUCCUCCUGCACUGCUUCCUCUGGCCCCUGGUGACAUUUGUGGUGGGUGUUCUCAUUGUGGUCCUGACCAUCUGUGCCAAGAGCCUGGCAGUCAAGGCAGAAGCCAUGAAGAAGCGCAAGUUCUCAUAAAGGGGAGUGGACUGGUGGAAAGCAAAGCACAGAUGCUGCCAUCUUGGGUACUCCCCUCCCUGCAGGAUGCAUUUCCUGCUUCAGGAGCUAGAAGGAGCUCUUGAGAGGUCUCCAAGAGGCUCACUCUCAAUGGCAGCAGAAACAGGCACAACUGGAAGACUUGGAACCUCGGACUAUAGUCCGUGUGUCAUAGCAGUGGCAGAAGGGUCAUGUUCUUAGCUGUGUGGAGUAACCAUUUCAGAGAACUCUAUAUGACGUUCAUUAUCUUGAAAAUGUUAUUAUAUAUAAUUGUACAGUGUAGUAUACAAACCAGUAUGAUUUAUGCUACUUAAAAUAUUAAAUAGAGUGGUCUGUGUUC